CAGAAACGACUGGAAGCGGCUGUUGAGGCGGGCGAGCAGGCACUCGGUGGCUGCGCAGAGGGGGUUCUGGGGUUAGCUUGGAAGCCCGCUCUCGGGGCGCGUCACGUGCGUCUCUAAGCCUGGUAUCGCCCGAGGACCCAAAGAGCGUGGGACACCCGGGCGUUCCCCUGCGUGGGACUCAGGGCCUCCCCGCAGCUGGAGCGGCAGGAGGGCGUGGAGCAGGAGGCGGUGACUGGGGCCACCGCAGGCCCAUCACCACCCAUUUCGAAAUGUGUUUCCUCCGUUGUAAAUUGGGGUGAUAAUUUCUACGGAGGAGGGAGCAUUGACCUUUCCUUCAUCAAGCCAAAGAUGCCUCUCUUUGGGAGUACGUUCAGUCCGAAGAAGACGCCCCCUCGGAAGUCCGCCUCGCUCUCCAACCUGCAUAAUUUGGAUCGUUCAACCCGGGAGGUGGAGCUGGGCCUUGACUACGGAACCCCCACUAUGAACCUGGCGGGGCAAAGCCUGAAGUUUGAAAAUGGCCAGUGGAUAGCAGAGUCGGGGAUUAGUGGAGGCGUGGACCGGAGGGAGGCUCAGCGCCUCCGGAGGCGGAACCAGCAGUUGGAGGAAGAGAACAAUCUCUUACGGCUCAAGGUGGACAUCCUGCUAGACAUGCUCUCCGAGACCACUGCCGAAUCCCACUUAAUGGAGAAGGAACUGGAUGAACUGAAGGGUGUCAGUCAGCGGAGAAAAUGAAGACCCCACAGACCUCGGUUAGGACAAUAGGGAGAAACCCAUUCGUCAGAAGAGGAGGAUGUGGCCGAGGGAUUUUUUUUUUUUUAGCCAAACUAGUGGAUUAGGUCUUGGGAGAGAGUAUCAUACAACGGGACCAAAAGGCGCUGGCCCCCGUGGGUUGCAGUAGAAAGGUGACAACAUAGUGGAAACCAGGAUUCCAGGCCAAUCCUGUGCUCCCGGCGCAGGGAGGCCUCCUCGCGGAGGUCUGGAAUGAUGGGAGCCUUUGGGUGCUUUCCAGUCAGUGAACACACAGAUGCCCGUGGCCCGGGCUCACCCUCCUUGACAGAGUUCCUCACAGCCACUGACGCUGAUGUUUGGGGAGCAGUGCCAGUUAUACUGAGUGCUGUUGUUAGGGGGUCUUGGACGAGAGACUCUCUUUGGUCCUCUGCCCUUCAGGCCACUGUCUCCCACCUGCAAAUACUGGUUCCCCAAUCCAUAGCCUCUUCUGGCUUUGGCUUCUCAGCAGCAAGUGCCAGCCUUCCACAGCAACACUCUAUUUUUGUGCUAUUUUCCUGUUUACCCUACUUUUUAAAAUUAAAUGAUAUUAUAUGAUC